AGUUCAGUAUAGUUCAAAUAGAAAUUAUAUAGAAUUAUUUAAUAAUUUGUAUUCCACUGGAAUAAAAAUUUAAUUUCUGUCUUUAUCAAAUCUCUAUUUCAGAGUAUUUGUACGUAUGUACUUAUCGUCUGCUGUAUGAUCGAAUAUCGAAUAGGCGCUUGGCCAUGGAUCGCUGCAUUAGGUUUUCGUAAUCCCCGAAACCCAGACAAACCACUAUGGAAGUGCGGAGGUUCCCUGAUAUCGGCUAGGCAUGUUUUGACCGCAGCACAUUGUGCACAUAUGGAUGGAAUAGAAAACAUACACAAUCAUAAUAUUGCCAUUCUUAGAUUGGUGGAGGAGGUGCCAUUUUCGAGGUACGUAUAUCCCAUUUGUACGAAAGAGCCCCUACGAAAGAGCAACUUCGUCGGCUAUAACCCCCUUGUUGCUGGAUCGGGAGCAUUAAGAUAUAGACGACCACGACGUAAUGCAUUAAUGGAAGUACAAAUGCCAGUGAUUAAGAACGCCGAAUGCAAAAUAGCUUAUUCCAAAUUUCCUAAUGCACCUGAUAUCACUGAUGGUAUAAUAUGCGCCGAACAUGCUCAGGGUGGAGAGGAUUCUUGUACGGUAAUUAAGUUACAGAGUUACUACAAACUAUACGGUAUCUGAAGACACGUCGAUUCGAAUUAACAUCAAAUCGACGUCUUAAACAUUAAAAAUAAUAGAUAAACACAAUUUAAUAGUUUUGCCCACUUCUCACACCUCGUUAUGGUAUUUAAUCUAAUUUCCUUCUAAUCUUAGUUUUGCUCAAAAUACAUAUAACAUGUACGUUAUAAAUUGGAGUAUUUCAAUACACAAAUCAAUAGAAGAUUAUUACUGUAUAUAAGUAUAAUUUCAAUACAAUUCGAUCGAUAUAUUUCAGUAUCUUUGAUUAAAAAUUUAACGAUCCUUUCAGGCUGACCGCGGCGGACCACUGCUGAUACAACAUGAAUUAACCUCGUAUUUAAUAAGUAUUGUGUCUUAUGCUUAUAAGUGCGGCACAGCUGGGUAUCCCAGCGUUUACACUAGGGUCACAUCGUACCUUGACUUCAUUCUCCAAGCGAUGCAAUAAUAUGAUAUUACUGUUCCAUAAAUAUCAUUGUGUAAAAAACGUAAAGUUGGAUUUUCUUAUUGUGGAGAUAAGAAACAGCUCAAAUUUACAUUGUUUUGUACGUUACAAAUUAUAGGCUUAAAAUGUACGAAAUGUAACUUUGAAACGACACUAAUUUUUUACGCACGAUAAACCUCCA